AUGGAUAAGGGGAAUAAGGGGGAGGAGGCGCUUCGUAUGGCGGGGGCUGUUCUGGUUCAUCCUCAGCCGGCAAUCGUCCGUCUGGGAGCAUUUGAGCGUUUUGAUCAUGCAACCGACUCGGCUCGUCCUGGUUCUCGUCGUUUAUCAGAAUCAUUGAAGGCCGAGGUGAAUCCGGGCGUCGCACACGCGGCCGAACUCGAGGAGGUCGUGGAGAUGCCGGAUAUGGCUCUGGGUUUGGCUGUGCCGGCAUGCUGGCGUCAUUCUGAGUGUUGUGCUGUGUUGUACAAUUAUCCAAUUGUAGAUUCGGUGGUGAUGGUUCUAUCGUAA